UCCGUCCCCCCCGGGAGCUGAAGGAAAGGGGGGCCUGAGGGCGAUCUCUCCCGCAGGGGGCCGAGUCCCGGGGAGAUGGAGGCCAGCCUGACGUGCGCCGUGUGCCUGGAGCUGCUGGACGAGCCCGUGACGCUGCCCUCCUGUUCGCACAACUUCUGUAAGAAGUGCGUCACGGAGUGGGCCUCGGCCCGGAGGCCGGUGUCGGAGGCAGCGGCCCCCGGCCCCCGGCCGCUGGUGUGCCCGCUCUGCCAGAAGCCGUGCCCCCUGGCCCACGGCGGCCGGGUCACCGACCUGCCCGUCAACAGCACCCUGGCCCAGGUGGUCGAGCUGUUCAAGGUGGGCGAGCGGCCCCCCGGGCCGUCCUCGCCCUGGGGCCGGGCCUGCGGGCAGCACCCGGGCAUGAGCAGCCAGCUCUUCUGCCGCUCCUGCUGCUUCGUCGGCUGCGGCCUCUGCGUGGUCAACGACCACCAAGGGGUCUUCCAUUCCAUCGGCAGCCUAGACUCCGCCUACCAGGAGGAAAAACUAGCUUUCUACUGCAGUCUGAAACAAUUAAGAACAACAGAUGAAGAACUUAAAAAGAAAAUAUCAAGUAAUUCAAAUGCGAAUGAGAGUGAAGCCACCAUCAUUGAAACUGAAUUCGAAAAAAUUUCCCAAGUACUGGAGAUGCGGAAAAAACAGUUGCUAGAAAAGCUUGAAAGACAAAGGAAUAUGAAAGAGCAUCAAAUCUGGAAGAAAAUGGACAACAAUAAAAAUACCAUUGAGAACUAUCUGCAGGAAUGUGAGAAACUUAUUGAUGAAGUUGAUCCUCAACGUUUCCUAGAGGUGGCAUGUGAUUUGAAUAAAAGAGUGAAGAGUCACCUUGAGUUGAUGCACUUGGCAUCAAGCUCUGAGAAAGAGCCCGAGUUCAAAAACAAACAAGUAUGUAGUAAAGCUGUGAUAAAAGAAAUAUUGGCCUUGGAGCUAACUGAAGUGGAUUUGGACAAUGCGACAGAUUUCCCGAAUGGAAGAAACAAAGAUUUAAAUGGGAAGUUCGUGUUUAAAACAGCUUCUAAAAAAUGGAAGCUUUCAAAGGAUUGUCGUAGCUUUAACUAUCAUCCUGUACUAGGAUCUGAUGUUUUGCAGAAUGGUCAGAUCUGUUUUACGCGGUUCAUGUCCAUCUCAUUCACGGAAAAGUUUGAGAAUAUGAGUCACGAGGAGCUACGCCUCCAGUAUUAUGAAAUACACCAAAAAGACGCAUGCGAUCAGAAGACGGAAAGUUUCUCGGAGAACCCAAGUUCAUCGAUGUCUUCUGUUCCCAAAUUUGCCAAGAAAAAGACUAAAUCUCCAAAGAAAAUGCAUUUUUCAUCACAAACACAAGAAAGGCUGGCUCCCACAAGUGAUUCUGACAUUUGCAAUCGGAAGGGUUUGGUGGCAAAUUCAGAUUUCCCUGCAUUAAACCUAGACUUCGGGUUUGGAACUAGGGUUCAAAGUAAUGAAAAGACGCAGUUGCCGUCACUUAAAAAUUUUGCCGCGAUUCCAGCCAAAUCAUUUGUUUCCUCCUUUGUCUCACCGCGCCCCGCAGCAGCAGAAUUACCUCUUACUGCCUCAAAGCCAAAUGACUCUGAAGGAAAAGGUUCAACUUCCACUUGGAGUGCAAGUAAUUCUGCCAGUGCACCAACCACUUCGCCUCCCUCAGUAUUUACCUUUAGCAAAUGUAAGACUCAACCUCACAAAGAAGCUCAUCAGGAUGGCUGUGACAAGGCCACAUCUGACUGCUUAAUGAUAGUAGACAGUGAAACACCGGAGACUUCAGUCGGGGCAGAUCCAGACUCUGCUACACCUGGAACCAGUUUGCCUUUCGGUUUCCAAACUUGUCUAGGAUCCAGGCAGAAGAGCUUAUUCCCGCCAUCCCCCUCUUCCAGUACGACUCGUACCUCUGAACCACCAGCUCAAGGAAGCCUGGCCUUUCGGUGGGGAAGCCAGAUGAAGGGCACGGUCAUCACGGUAGGCGCAGAAAAGAAUUCCCGACAAACGGAGCCGGCGGGAGGCGUCUGUGACCCUAAUGCCAAAGUCAUGGAUUCUGCCGCUGCUGCUGCUGGACUUUUCACCGGACGUGCAGUUCACAACGAUUCUUUCGUUUCUCUAUUCUCAAGGAGUUGUGAUCUGGAUUCCAAGUUCCCUGGAUUUCCAUUUUCCUUCAAGCCGCUAGCUUCACCUCAAGUCACAAGCGCAGGUGUUGGAGCGGAAACCAAUCUAACGCAUGGGAAAAACCAGUCAGUUGACCCUAAAUCUCCGCUGCCGAAGUGUUCUGUGAGUGUGAGUCCAGGGGCUCUCUCCUCUUCGAUGGCGUGUCAAGAGGCGGGGGUGCCGAACACAGCUGUGAACUUCCAGGGGAAGCCAAACUUUUUAUUCCAGUCAGUCAUCUUCGGAUCUCCGGUGGGAACUUUCCCCCAUACGGCGGCACAGAGAAAGCUCGGAACUGAAAAAAUGUACAGAAAAGUCGCAGCAAACUCCUCACCACCAGAUGACUUGAAAGGCGUUUCCAGCGUGCAGCCUCAAAAUGCCAAGUGCCCAACAGUGUCAGAAGUUGCAGAAGAAAGAGCCUUCAAAGGAGCUAGCCCGAAGGAAGACAGUCAAUGAAAUCACCUUGGAUGAAAGAUUUCUGCAGAGCCUUGAAUUCCUUUCAUAGACAAAUGCUUAAAAUCCAGUGUUAAACCCACUUCCUUACAAUGUAGUCUGAAAUCAACACGCUUUUUUAAUGUAAUUUGUGAAUAAAACGCAUGAAAACA